GGUCACUUAUGAUGGAUAGCGCUGGCUCCAUCUACCCAGCUGAGGCAGGCACUCGAAGCUCGUCAUGGCUGCCAUGAUCGUCCCUUCCGCCGCUGCAGUCGUGGUGAAGACCUUCACGCUGAGGAGGCGGCAGAAUAGGAGAAUUCUAUGCGUCGGCUGGGACCCUGAAGGUAUACUCGGGCCGCCCCAGCGUGGCCACAUCGCGCGGCUCGAUCUGAAGCGGCGGCUGGAGAAGGACGCGGUCGCCCGGGAGGCCUUCGACCGCCAGCUGCGAGAGGAGCGGGAGCAGCGCCGCAAGCGUCGAGAGGCUCGUGUGGUGCCGGAGACGACCGAGGGACUGAUAGAGUACUUUCUAGACAGUGAAGCGCGGGACAUCGAGGUGGAGAUCGGGAGGUUGCGGCCCCGGUUAAACAAAGAGUUUUUCGAUCACCUACGAGUUGAGCUUGGACAACUCCGUUUUGCAGUCAAUAGAACUACGGAGAUGGAGGACAGGUUGAUUGAGCUGGAAGCAAUGCAGAAGGUCUUGCAAGAGGGCACAGAAGCAUAUGAUAAGAUGCAAACUGAUCUCGUAUCAGCCAAAGAAAGGCUUAUGAAAAUACUGCAGUCUAAAGACAGGAAAUCAACUUUGCUCGAGAUGGUUGAGAGGAAUGAGCUGAGCAGAUCUAUUUUGGCGCUGCUUGACGAGAACAUAGCGAGCGCGAUAAGUAACAAUCAGAAAGAAGCUGCAGCUUUUAUGGAGGAUGUGCGUUCAACUAUUCUGAAGUAUAUGACAGUAUGAUAUAUGCAAACUCAUUCUUUUGUGAACUUGAAUGCUCCAUUGUUCCUGCAAAUUUCAUGUAUGUUAUGUCGUCAGAUGUUUGUGUAGCAAGUUGAUGGCGAAGCAUGAAGAUUCUCUCAAAAUUACCUUUA